UCGCCUCUGUCCCCUGCAGUGUCGCGGCCGGCCGCUGGUGUCGCUGUGCGCAGAGUAUAUAUCUCCCGCCCGGCACUGCCAAACUAAUCACAUAACCUGCACCAUGCUGUCGUGCUCCAGCCGUACUCUGCUGAGGAUCUGCCGGCCCGGGCCCCUCACCUCCAUAAGAACAUUGCAUUGUGGCCCUAAUAAAGAAAACCCUGUGGUCUACUUGGAUGUAGUAGCAGACAACCAGCCGCUGGGGCGCAUUGUGCUGGAGCUGAAAGCAGAUGUGGUGCCAAAAACUGCUGAAAACUUUCGGGUCCUGUGCACUGGUGAGAAGGGCUUUGGUUAUAAGGGCUCCACUUUUCACAGAAUAAUUCCCAGCUUCAUGUGUCAGGGUGGAGACUUCACUAAUCACAAUGGCACUGGUGGCAAAUCGAUAUAUGGAAGCCGUUUCCCCGAUGAGAACUUCUCACUUAAACACACUGGACCAGGUAUCCUCUCAAUGGCUAAUGCCGGGCCAAACACAAAUGGUUCUCAAUUCUUUAUCUGCACUGCAAAAACAGAAUGGCUGGAUGGUAAACACGUAGUUUUUGGACAUGUUAAGGAUGGUCUUGAGGUUGUAAGAAAAAUAGAAGCUUUCGGCAGUAAGAAUGGACGUCCUUCAAAAAGAAUAGUUAUAACAGACUGUGGAGAACUCGAUUGAAGGGCCAUAACCACCGUUCACAUGGAUCACUUUGUAGCUGUGAAUUUCUGGACACCUAACCUAAAUAACAUAAGUUAUUUUACGUGAAAUGUAUUCAUGACAAUAAAUGGGGUUAACUAGGUAAAAUAAGAACUUGGUGGUGUGCCACUUUACUGAGCCUGUAAUAUGUUACAUUUUAAUUGUUAAAGUGGCUAGAAAGAGUAAGAAUGUGAAGUUACUGGACUAAAUUAUAUAUAUAUAUAUAUAUAUAUA